ACGCUGUACUUCCAAGGCCUGAUCGAAUGGAUGCGCCUGGACGUGGGCGCGGACGGCACGCCACGGCAGGGUGGUGCGCUGUACUUCUUGGACAUUGAAAAGGCGUAUGACCGGGUGCACCGGCAGUGGCUGUAUGCGUCCGCGGAGGGUCUGGGGUUUGGGCCGCGCAUGCUACGCUGGAUCCGCCUGCUCACUGCCAACGGCUCUGCCCGCGUGUGUGUGAACGGGAUGCUCUCUGACGCCUUCCCAGUGCUGAACGGCUUGCCGCAGGGCAGCACCGCCUCACCACCCCUGUGGGUCAUCCAGAUGCAGCCACUGACGUCCUUUCUGCGGCGGCAGGUGGAGCAAGGGGCACUGCGCACGCCCCUGUUACCCAGCGGCGAGCAGGCGCCACCGGCUGCCCACCACGCUGACGACACGACCCUCACGGCGCGCGACCCGGCGGUGGACGGGCCAGUCCUGAUGGCGGCAGUACAGCUGUUCUGCCGCGCGUCCAACGCCUGUGUCCAUCCGGACAAGAGCAAGGCCAUGGGCCUUGGCAGGUUUGCGCACCUGACGGGCCCUUGCCCACACACGGGGGUGCCGUUUACCACUGGCGCCGUGACGCACCUAGGUGUGCCCCUGUCGUGGGACUCGGAUGCGGCUGCAGCUGACUUGUACACCCGGCGGGCUCGCGGCAUGGCGUUUGUGGCGCGUCUGUGGGCUGCCCUGUCUCUGACUCUGGUUGGCCGUGUGCACAUUGCGAAGCAGGUGCUGGCGGCGAAGCUGGCCUACCACUUCAGCUUCCUCAACCCAUCGCCUGCGCAGCUGAAGGAACUCACCGACCUGGUGGACCACUUUGCUGCGCGCUCCAUGCACGCUGAGGACGCCAGCCUGGUGUCGCACGGGAACCCGCUCCUGCUGCCAAAGCGGGAAACGGCCUUUUUUUUUGAGGAAUCAUCCUUACAAGGCCGGCAACCCUGGAAGAUGCUCACCCGGGCGCUGCUUACUCAUGUGCGCCCGGACUCCGCCACCACGUGGGCGUGGGUGUACAGCGACGCGCCGGCGCCAGCGGGGCUGCCUGCCCGGCUGGCGGCCGCGGUCGGCCACGUGCGGAGCGCGGGCGUGGAGCAGCACCCACCGCAGCCAGCCACUCAGCCGCCAGCGGCGCCGCCGCAGUGGCGGGUUAGCCUGGACCAGCUGUGGGUGGCUAACACUGCGGGGGCUGUGUCCUACGUCCACUACACGGGGCGGCUCUUGGAGCCUGGGCCUGGCGUGCUGCCCCCGGCGGUGGAUGGGGCGUGGCAGCCUGCCUGUGUGCUGCAGCAUCGCAAGCCGCGGCACCUGUGGACCUUUGAAGAGCGGGCGGCGUACGAUGCAGCAUCACCAGGGGACCGGGCGGGGGCGUGGCCUCGGGCGCCGUACUUCCUGGCGCCGGAGGCUGGGGUGGUGGUGCACCCGGAGCACUGCCGGAUUGCGGGUGUCAGCUUGGCGGACUACACGGUGCGGGACGUGCGGCGGGCCAUCACCGCGGCCAACCCGGCCGCACCUCCGGCUCCGGCCCGCCCCGCAGCCAUGCCGUGCCCGGCGCCAACACAGCAGGCGGGGGAUUCGGGGCCCCAGCCGGCGGCACAGUCGCGGCUGGCGGAGCGGGAGGCGGAGUGGCAGCGUGCAGCGGCGCAGCUGACCACCACGGCGGCGCAGCAUUUCCACAAUAACCCGGUGGCUCUGGACCCCUGGCUUCACCGCACCUCUGUGGCAGCCGGGCUGCAGAACACGCCGGCGAGAGAACUGCAGUCGUAUGCGUCCCCGUCCCAGCAGUCGGGUGAGGGGCCGCGGCGGUCCGCGCGGCUGCAGGAGCAGGCGGCGGGAGGGGCGGGACCUAGCACUGGGCCUGCCACGGCGGCGGCGGCAGCAGCGGCGGCGGUGGAGGGCGACCCUCGCAUGCCCCCCCCGGAUGCGUCCCUUCUGCGGGGGCGGGCAAGGGCAUUCGGCCACGGGUGACCACGGGGUGCGGGGGGUUGGGGGCGCACUGUCCUCACCC